UUCUCUGGAUGGCCGAGUAGUUGCCGGCUUCGCAUUUCUUCUUUGUAUCAGUACCUUGUCACUGCAUAGCGCUGAGACGAGGCGAAUAAGUCUGGAGUUUGUUUCUUCAAUCAAUUAUUUCGUUAGAUAACGAAAUAAUUAAGUGUCAUUUUUAAUUUUUAUUACAUUCGUUUGAUUUAUAUAUUAUUCUUUGCAUUUGGUAAUAUUCGUUAUCCGAAAAUUCCAAUCCAAUUGCUAACUAGUUUGGAAAAAAGUUAUCUAGACUACGAGGACAAAAUCUUACAAGAAAAGAACAAAGGAAUCGCCUCGAAGAAAACAAAAACUGAUCCCUCAAAAUGCCAAAAUCAAAGAAUAAGCCUAAUGCAUUCACAAUUUUUUGUCAAGAAUGGAAAAAGAAACAAGAAAAACUAGGAAAAUAUUACUCAAUACCUGAAGCAAUUACAAAUCCUGAAUGCAACAAAGUUUGGAAAGAUUUACCUGAAGAACAAAAAAAGCGGUAUAAAACAUUAGCUAAAAAUGCCAAAAUAGAUGUAGAUAUAGAUAAAAAAACUGGUUUAGGAGAAUCAUUGAGUGAAAUUACAAAAGCUGAACAAAAGAAAAAAGAAUUUAUAGAUAACAUGAAAGAAUAUAUAUAUUCAAUAACCAAGUCAGCAAAGGACAACAAUUGUGUUCAACAACUAACAUUUUAUGUAAUUCAUACAAAUUAUGCAUACAAUCGAACACUGAUGAAUAAUGAAGUAGAAUAUUAUCCAGCAGAAAUAUGUUUAGCACGGUGUUCUCUUCAAAAUGGUAUAGAAGAUGUGUAUCAUGUUUUAAUAAGUGAUGUAGUGAUGAAAGGUUAUAGAAGUGAUGCUUUAAUUCAUAGCAAAGAAACCCACCAAAUCCCAAUUGAACUUCCCGAUGGUAAAAACGAUUAUCAAGAAAUUUUUAUGAAUUUGUGUAAAUUUCUUGAACCUGGGAGAAAAAACAAAACCCUUCCACCAUUAUACACAAUAAUGUCAAAGGAUGAUAUUUAUUAUCCAGUUAAAUCUAUUUUAGGUAAAUUAUCUACUGCUAGUGGUGAAUAUGAAGAAUAUUUAUGUCUUUAUGCAUUUGAAGAUCUAUUUGCAGCUAUGUAUAACGCAGUCCUUGAACAGAGUGGAAAUUUUGAUUUUGAAAGUAUCACAGCUUUCCGUGAAAUAAAAAAAGAUCCUUAUGCUUACAGUCAUGACCUGGAAUGUGAUUUUCACAAAGCUAUAGGAGCUGGUGCACUUCAUUGCAGUCAAUCUAUUGUUAAAAGGUGGUUUUAUGUACUAUGUGAUUUUUGCUGUGAUCCCUUAAAUAUCAUUAAAGUAGCUGGAGUGCAUACCCCAAUUGAAAAGCGGGAGCUAAUUCCUCCUUUAUCAAGAUUAAGUUCUACAUUUAGUACAUUAAGUUUAAAUGAUAGUAAAUACAGUUCAACUCUUAAUAUGAGUGAGGUAAGCAAUGAUUAUCGGAUGCGCUCAUUUGGAAAAUUGAAUCACCAAGCGACCCGUCGGGCAAAUGAAUCUAAAGCAAAACCAUUCCAUAUUAUUGACCACAGUAAAAUAAACAAAAAGAUUCCAGAAGUUAGAGAACGACCUCUUCGUCCUCCAUAUUCCAAAAGUACUCUUAUAGACGAUGACGAUGACGACGAUGAUAUUGAUGAUACUAUCGAUACCAGAAGUAUUGAUUACAGUGAAAGAAGCUUUCCUUCUAUUGGUCGCGGAGCUGUGCCAAGAAGAAAAACUCAAGAAAAAAAAAGCUCUGCUGGACAUGGUUAUACAAAUGUUUUGAAAUAAAUGAUGCGGUAUACUCUAAAUGUAGUCUUCGAUUAAUAAGUUUCUAUGAAGGAUGUACAAUCAAUAUUUAUUUUUAAUAUCUUUCUAUUCGAUUAAAUAAGUAUUUAUGUUUAACACUUUUUUCUGAACCAUAAGUUUAUAAUUUAAAGGUUUUACUAUUUGGUGUUCUUAUAAAGUAAUAAUCAACAAAUAAAAUAAUUACAAAUUUGAAAGUUUAUGAUCAGAUUUAAUUUUAUAAGUUAUUUUGAAAAUUGCGUUAUAUUAAAUUUCGUAGAAUACAUACAUAAUUCAUAAAAUAGAAAUAGUAUAGCAUAACUAACAUCAAUACUAAUUUUUAUGUAGGGAUUU